AUGGACCCCACCUGUCAUCCUCUUUCUCCCCUCUUAUCUCUAUCCUCUUCGUCCUCUAGUUCUGCACUUCCGCGCGCGGAUCGAGUUGGCUCGAGUGCUCGACGGCGGCACGAGGAGUUCGACGCCAUCCACUCCGACAAGGCCAAGGCGCUCCUCGACACCUACCGCAUCGGCGAGCUCAUCACCACCGGCUCCGGGUACAGCUCCGACAACUCCGUCCACGGCGCGUCCAACCUCUCCCAGCUCGCCCCCAUCCGCGAGGCCAUCAAGGCCCCGGCGCCCAUCGCGCUCUCCAGCCCGGGCGACAAGGUCCCCUGCCAACUCAUCGACAAGAAGGAGCUCUCCCGCGACGUCCGCCUCUUCCGCUUCGCGCUGCCGUCCUUUGACCAGGUGCUCGGCCUCCCCGUCGGCAAGCACAUCUUGAUCUGCGCCAGCAUCGAAGGGAAGCUGUGCAUGCGAGCGUACACGCCGACGAGCAUGGUCGACGAGGUCGGCCACUUCGACCUCUUCAUCAAGGUGUACUUCAAGAACGAGCACCCCAAGUUCCCCAAUGGCGGGCUCAUGACGCAGUACCUGGACUUGCUCCCCGUGGGCGCCUACAUCGACGUCAAGGGGCCACUCGACCACGUCGAGUACACCGGCCGCGGUGAGUUCGUCAUCAACGACAAGCCGCAGAACGCGCGGGCGCCGGCCGGCGGGAGGAGAGGAGAUGCGGGGGGCGGCGCACUUCGUUGGGCGGCGGCGCGUCAUUCAUGCGGAAGCGGCCGAGGCACGCGCGGGUGGAGGUGUCGCCGGCCGAGGCGGCGGCGGCGGUUGAGAAGGAACGGCAACACAAUCUCAACGGUGGUCCAAUCGGUCUUGAUCUCGCGGCAGCGGCGGCGACGAACAUGCCGAGGCACACGGCGCAAUCAGUUGCGCGGAGGCAGCGGCGUCCUCCUCCCUCCAGUUCUGCGUGUGGAUCGAGUCGGCUCGACGGCGGCACGCGGCUGCAGCGGCGACUGGCGAGGGGAAGAGGAAGGGGCCUCCUUCUUCGUAGGGAGGGCGACGAUGGCGGCCUCCAUCUCCCCCGUCGUCAUCUCCAUAGGCAGGCCGUGCAGCGCUGGCGUGCCGCCCGGAGCUCCUCGGCGUCGAGGCGGCCGCGGCGGAGACGGCCUCCCGCUGCCGCCCGCCACGGCUUCCAUGACGGAGACGCCACUGAAGGCAAGAGAGGAGCUAGGAGUUGAUGGUGGAGGCGCAGGCGGCGGCGGCGGAGGUGGCGAGGGUGGUGGUGGAGGCGGAGUUGGUAGCGGCAGCGGCGCGAGGGAUGUGGCGGUGGCGGGAGGCGGGAGCGGCGGCGGAGUCGGUGGUGAACCAUUUUAUUUUGGCCGCAUGAACAAACCCCUGACGGGCCUCCCGAACUAA